AUGAAGCGUUCGAGUGCGAGCCUGCUGGCCCCGCAGUUGGCGUGCCAAAACUCCCCUGGACCAGCAGCAUCAGCGCCGCCCCUCGCCCCACCCGCUUCACCCCCUCGAAUCGUCUCCGCGCCCCCCGUCCAGCCCCCCGACCCGAGCCCCCAACCGGUUCAGGAAGACGGUGUAAGAUUACGGCGAGCCCACACGGUCGCAGUCAGAGAUUACCUGAAACGGGAAACUCAAACGUUUUUCGGUGUACAAAAGGAUAAUGAAAGGGAACAAAGGAGGUUGUGGCACGAGAGGCGGAGGCGGCACGCGGCGAGGACCCUCGGAGAUCUUCGGAUUGACCUCCCCCCGGAUUAUCACCCCGACGAUGAUGAUAUUAGUAUGUACGGAGCAUCAGGCGCAGCCCCCAGAGAGGCACGGGGGCGAAGUCGCGAGCGACCCGACGUUCUACCUGCGCCGGCGUCGCUCGAGCCUGCGCCGCCGCUGCCCCCUCCACCGGGGAAGGACAGCGUAGCCAGGCUUACACUUACUGGCCUUUCCUAUGUUGUUACUGCGGUGACAAGGCGAUCACGGCAAUCGACGUCUGCGCAGUGGUCGCGAUCAUUUCGGGGCAGCGCGAGCAGUCCUCAUGAAGACGUAGACUUUGACGAUGUCUUCUUCGCCCCUACCUCAAUCGCAUCACCGCUAAAUCAACAGCACCAUGAUGAAAUCGACCCGUCUGAAGGACCCAAAGGGCGAAGAUCACCCCUUGGAUCUUCCAGUGUGGAGUAUAGAAGACCAGAGAGGAGUGUGUCGUGGGGCGCGGGAGGGGUACGCAUCCAUACACCCAUGCUGGAACCACUUGCAGAUAAUUCGAAUAGAAGGCAGUUCGGAAUGGGUGUCGUCGGGAGAUUUUUCCGGCGUUCUCUCCGAAAAUCUAUGACACAGCAGGGUGAAAUAGCUAGGCAGCUAGAUGAACUGACAGACUACCGGCCCUACUUCACGUGGUGGGUCAGCACGGUGCAGACCCUGGUGUUGCUCCUAGCUCUACUUUGUUAUGGCUUUGGACCGGUCGGCUUUGGACGGCACACGCACUCAGGACAAGUUAUGUUGAAGACUUUGAGUUUACAGCAGGUUGAAUGGGAAGAACCAGCUUCAUUUUGGUUGGGACCACGGGCGGCGGAUCUCAUACACUUAGGAGCUAAGUUUGCACCAUGCAUGCGGAGGGAUGCAAGAAUAGCACGGGCGAUAGCGGCAUCCGCCAGGAGGGAAAGAGACACAGCAUGCUGCAUACGAAAUGACGAUUCUGGAUGUGUGCAGUCGUCUAAAGCUGAUUGUUCGAAUACAAUAUCAACGUGGAAGAAAUGGUCUUCUGGAGAUUCAGGUCCUGGAGGUCGGAUAUCAGGGUCAGUUUGUGGAUUAGAUCCCAAAUUCUGCGAAGCACCGCGUUCAAUAGCACCUCACGAAUGGCCAGAUGACAUUACAAAAUGGCCGAUUUGUCGCAAGUCAGUCUUAGACGGGUCCGCUGCUGCUGGUAGAGCAGGGCAUGCUGCGGAGCAUAUGGCGUGUGAAGUAAUAGCUCAUCCAUGCUGCAUAGGAGUCCAUGGGCAAUGCGUAAUCACGACGAGCGAGCACUGCUCAUUUGUAAAGGGAUACUUUCAUGAAGAGGCCUCGCUGUGUUCACAGGUAUCUUGCCUUGACGACGUCUGCGGAAUGUUACCGUUUAUGCGGAGACGUCGUCCAGAUCAGUUGUACAGAGCUUGGACAUCACUGUUCGUCCACGCUGGGCUGCUGCAUUUAGCGGCCACACUUGCACUGCAGUGGCUGUUCAUGAGAGACCUGGAGAAGAUGGCGGGGCCAGUCAGAAUAUCAGUAAUAUACCUGGGCAGCGGAGUUGCUGGGAAUAUGGCGUCGGCCAUCUUUGAACCAUAUAGAGCAGAGGUUGGUCCAGCGGGAGCGCACUUUGGCCUUCUAGCUUGUUUAAUAGUGGAAGUAAUAGGUGCGUGGCCUUUAUUGAGGCAUCCGAAGCGUGCGCUGAUGAAGCUAAUCGGGCUAGCGUUAACAUUGUUUUUCGUGGGACUCCUGCCGUGGAUAGACAAUUUCGCUCACGUGUUCGGUUUCGUAUUCGGUUUUUUGUUGUCGUACGCGCUGCUGCCUUUCGUGACUUUCGGGCCCUACGAGAGACGGAGGAAGAUCGUCUUAGUGUGGGUGUGCUUGGUGUCCGCCGGUGGAAUGUUGUGCGCGUUGAUUGCGCUAUUUUACGCGGCGCCGGCAUACGAGUGUGCGGCGUGUGCGUAUUUUACGUGUCUGCCGUUCGCGCCGGACAUGUGCGCGUCGCAGGAUGUGCGCGUACGACAGCUGGACGGCGUAUGA